ACCCAUGUUGCAUCACAUACAUUCAGUUUAAUUUAGUUCAACUAAUGUAUAAAUCAUGUUUACGUAUUGAACAAAUUCAUGAUAGUGUCAUAUGCAUCAAUUAAUAGAGCAGUGCUUUCUUUCUGCCGAGUUGCUCUCAUGAGUGGCAAGGAUGCAUAUACGUUGGUGCAAUUGAAGGGCAGGAAUUAUUUCAUGAGACUGCUGUCAAGUACCCAUGUUGCAUCACAUACAUUCAGUUUAAUUUAGUUCAACUAAUGUACUCCCUCCGUUCCUAAAUGUAAGUCUUUUUAGAGUUUCCACUACAAACUACAUACGGAUGUAUAUAGACAUAUUUUAGAGUGUAGAUUCACUCAUUUUGCUCUGUAUGUAGUCCAUAGUGUAAUCUCUAGAAAGACUUAUAUUUAGGAACGGAGGGAAUAUAAAUCAUGUUUUAUGCUAUUGAACAAAUUCAUUAUAGUGUCAUGUGCAUCAAUUAAUGGAGCAGUGCUUUCUUUCUGCCGAGUUACUCUCAUGAGUGUCAAGGAUGUAUAUAUGUUGGUGCGAAUUGACCGAUUAUAUUGAUGUCCUUAGUCCUUACUGUAGGUCGUCAAUUUCCUGACAAGGCAAUUGACCUGAUUGAUGAGGCUUGUGCCACGGCAACCAAAACGAUGAUGCCAGUUGGCGACCAAGAAGAGAAUGUGAACACUGUGCAGAGUACCUCUAAAAAUGCAGCCAAGGAGGCAAUUGUUUCCCCAAAUCAUGUUGCGCAAGUUGUGAGCCAAUGGACUGGAAUUCCUGUCGCUGCGCUUGACCAAGAGGAGAAGCAUAGACUAAUCCACCUACCAAGCAGACUACGCGAGCGAGUUGUUGGCCAGGAUGAAGCCGUAAAUCUGGUUGCGCAAGCAGUGUUACGUUCCAGGGCCGGCUUUGGUCAGCCUGGCCAACCCAUAGGCUCUUUCCUCUUCUUAGGCUCGACUGGUGUUGGAAAGACAGAGCUUGCAAAAGCUCUAGCGGAGCAGCUAUUUGACAGCGAGAAGAUGCUGGUUCGCUUUGACAUGUCUGAAUUUGUUGACAGGGGAUCUGUGCUGCGUCUCAUCGGAGCCCCUCCAAGCUACAAUGGCCAUGAAGACGGUGGACAGCUGACGGAGAAAAUCAGGAGACGCCCAUACAGUGUUAUCCUAUUUGAUGAGGUGGAGAAGGCAGAUCCGUCGGUGUUGAACCUUUUCGUGCAACUUCUGGAUGAUGGUGUGUUGACGGAUGGGAAAGGCCGGACCGUGGAUUUCAAGAAUACCAUCAUCAUCAUGACCUCAAAUCUAGGAGCGGAGCAUCUAACAGCUGGAAUGGCUGGAAACGGCACGAUGGAAGCUGCACGGGACCUUGUGAUGCAUCAGGUGCAGAAACACUUCAAACCUGAGCUUUGCAACAGGAUGAGUGAGAUUGUGAUAUUUGAGCCGCUUUCGCGCGACAAACUGAAGGAGAUUGUGAAAAUCCAGAUGAAGAGGAUUGUCGCCAGAGUCGCUAGCAAGGGCAUUUGUCUGUCUGUGAGCGAUGCCGCGUUGGAGGUGGUUUUGUCGGAAUCGUACAACCCGAUGUAUGGUGCGAGGCCUGUAAAGAGGUGGUUGCUGAAGAACGUGAUGACUGAUCUCUCUGAGAUGCUGGUCAAUGGACAAGUCGUCGAAGGCUCCUCCGUCUCCAUUGAUGCUGCCGAUGACAGGAGGCUCAAGUUUGAAGUGGUGAAGAAGGUGCAUUAGAAGCCUGCAGUAACAGGGCUUUGCUGACAAUUGCAUGCAGGAGCCUGCGCCCAAUAGCUUUCUCCAAGAUUUAGUUUAAUGACUGCAUUUUGUUUUUAGCUUGGAAAAUUGUGUUUGUUGUGGAGUCCCUGAUUACUACUACUUGCUAUCCUGAGCAACUCAAACUUGGUCUUCAAAUGACUCAGAAAACGAUGAUAGACACUUAGUUUUUUGAUACUGCA